AUGUCUUCCGACGGCGGACCUCUCAGUUUUGUUGAAUGUCCUUACGAAAUAUUAAUAAAUAUCUUGAAACGGGUUGAUUCAAAGGAUAUUAUUGCUCUUGGAUUGACGUGUCGGCGUUUGAACAGAAUUGCCAACGACUCUUAUCUCUGGCAUAUGCUCUGCUGCUGUCGUUUUGAUGAAUAUGUCAUGAAAAAAAAACCACAAUUAAACAACCCUAAUAGCGAAACAGACUGGAAAAAAACGUAUUUUGAGCUUGGUACAUUAAUCAAGUAUGCCGCACCCACAGCGCGAAUAGCUUGGUUGGAGGAUCCGGAUGAACAUGGUCUUCGACCCCCUCCUAGUCAUACGUAUUGGUCUGUCAUAUCUGACCCUAGGAGCUCUGAACCAUGUGUGGUGGUAUUUGUUACUUUCGAUUCUGUCCCUUACGGUACAUACGACGUUAUAUGGAGAAUCAUUGCAGGGCGCGGAAGUAAUUUAGAUUGCGCUUGUUUUGAGACACGAGUUGUCGACCCAUCUGAUGACACAGAAGUAGUGGUCGAGCCAAUUGUGGAAUUUCGACCUAGCAGAGAGGACAUUCAAUCUGUCAUAGAUAAGAAAGACUGGACUGAAUAUCGAGUACCUAAGCCAGUAGUUGUGAGCGAAUCUGAUGAUUGUCCAUCGAAGCUUAGGGGUUCUUCGUAUACAUACCGAACUGUUAUUGCUAAAUUGUAUUCACACGACUCGACAAUGCAUAGCGGGCUGCAUAUCGAUUACGUACGACUGGAGCCCCACAAAGAAGACAAGCAAUGA